AUGUCUUCAUUUUUUGCAAAAAUUAUAUUUAUAUUCUCUUUUAUAACAUUAUUAUAUUUACCUUCAAUAAAUUCAAGUUUUUUUAACAGAAACAAUAAACAUUCAUUAACUAAUGGACUGACACCGCUAAAGGAUACCGGUCUACAAAACAUUUCAGGAACGGUGGCGGCUUUUGGCGAUUUUAAUUCGGAUAAAUUUACCGAUAUAGUUGUUUUAGAUUCUACUCAAAAAUCAAUAAGCAUAUAUUUAUGGGAUCAUGAAUCAAACAAGUUUUCUAAGGCAAACUCGUCAGAUAUAGAAAUAAAUGAUUUUUUGAUCACAAAUGUAAUACCAGGAGAUUAUAAUUAUGAUGGAAAUUUGGAUUUAUUAUUGAUGGGUCAAACUAAUCCAUCAACUAUAUAUAGGAAAAAUGAACCAUUAUAUAUGAGAGUAUAUUUUGGAUAUGAUAAUGCUACAUUUAAUCUUAGUUAUGCUGAUCUUGAAUCAUCAUAUUCACAACAUCCAAUAACAUUCGAUUUUGAUGGUGAUAUGAAAACAGACUUGCUUGGGCAUUAUUUCUCUUCUACACACGAUAGUAAAUUAUUUGUAUGGAAAAAUGUAUAUAAUGAAUCUAAUGGAACAUUAUUUGAAGUAAAGAAAAUUCCAUCAUUGAUUGACUUUAUUGGAGAGGUUCCAUUAUCAGACAACAUGACCAUGCCACAAAAAGGUUGUAGAUUAUCAGAACCACAUUCAAAUGCUUUUAUAGAUCUUAAUGGUGACUGUUUAUCAGAUCUAUUCUUGACAUGCGAGGAAAAUUUCAGGGAAACAUCAUAUCAAAUAUGGGUUAAUACAAAGGAUCAUGGAUACGUUCUUACCAGAUAUGGUGAAUUACCUACAUAUGCAGGUCCAAUUACAUUUGCUGAUAUGGAUGGAGAUGGUACAAUAGAUAUGGUAUUCCCGGUGUGUAAAAAAUCCGAGUGUGCCAUUCAUAUAGCUUACAAUAAACAAAAGCCUUUAUGCUCAAGUAAAGAUGAAACAAAUUGUAGAAAGUUAUCAAAUUUGUGUGAACCUGAUGAUGACUUUAGAUUUAAUCUAAACGAUGAUCCAGAUAACGAUGCAUAUACAAUUAUAGAUGUUAAAGAUUUACUAGAUGGUGGAGUAAUAGUUAUUAAAGAUAAAUCAUUCAAAGGAAUGUUGCCUGUUCCAAUUAGAAUUGGUGAUUACAAUAUGGAUGGUUUUCCCGAUCUUCUUGUUAUUAGUGAAAAGGGCACUGAACAUUUUGUAUCAUUAUUAGAGUCAAUUCCAUGCACACUUGAAUAUUGUGAUCCAUUAGCUGUUAAAGCUCAAAGACGUGCAUUUGUUAAAGUGAUUGAUGGUGCAAAUUCAUUAAAUGAAAUUACAAAUGCAAAAGGUGCUGUUUUCUUUGAUAUUGACGAAGAUGGAACGUUGGAUAUAAUGGUUCUUGCUGAUCUAAAAACUAAUGACGCAGCAAGAGAUAUUUACUUGAUAAAUAAUGAUUACUUUAAUGAUGCUUUCUUUUUAAAAACUUUGGUAUUAAAUGGUGUAUCGCAAAGACAGCAUUAUGGAGUAAAUUAUCCAGGCUCGGCGUUUAAAUUUACUGUUGUUGAUACAUACGGAAAUAAAAGAGCAAAUCAAGUUGCACAGUAUUCGCAAGUUGGAUAUCUUUAUUUACAAACGCCUUACACACUCUUUGGGCUUGGACGUACAAAUAAUUAUGUUGAAGAAUUAUUUGUGGGUGUUGUGCGUAACCAGUCUUAUCAUUAUACUUCAUAUUUUGAGCUAUAUAUUCAUCCUGGCGAUUGGAUUCCAUGGGUAUUAACUACACUGGCCACAGCUACUGUUAUUUUAGCAACUAUUGUUGCAGCGUUACAUUGGAUGGAAAAGGAACAUUUAUUUUCAUUAGAAGUUGGCUUAUUGAUUUGA